AUGAAGUUGCACAGAAAAUCUAUCAACCCAGAAAGCCCAGUAGCUUCUCCAAAAGAAAAUGAUUCAGAAAUGAUAUAUCAACCUAUGAAACUCGUUAAGGAAAUGACUAUCACUCAAUAUGAAAACAAAGAAUUCAAAAGUCUCAAAGGAGUGAGUGGCUUAAAAUGAAUAGAGCCAGAUUCAAAUUUUCGCGAAAGUAUUUUUAGAAAUUUAAUAUACACUGGCCAAGAAACAAAAGUAGAGUUCCUUAUUGUGGUCAGUAUGUAUAAUGAAGAUAUGAAAAAUUUUAUUGAUACAAUGCAAGGAAUUUCAGAAAAUCUUGAUUAUUUUGUACGUGCUGGGAUUCCAACAGAAAAAGUUUGUGCAGUUGUUAUAGUUGAUGGAAUAAACGCUUUCCUUGAAACUUAUAAUAAACAAAAACGAUAUUUUAACUCCCCUCCUCUCUGCGAGCAACAAAAUAUUGGAAAAAUCCUGCCGAGACUAAAUUUUUUUUAAUAUAAAAAAUAUUUUGAUAUAUAAAUGAUAAACAUUAUAAUGAAAUCUCUAACUAUUCUGAUCAUUUUUAAAUAGUUUGCAUUUAAAAAAGACUAACCUUCAUAAAAGAACAAAUUUUUUUUUAAUGGAGUGGGAAUAAGCAAUUUUUUGAUGAGAAAAAGGUUAAAAGCUUCUUCAGAGCGGAAAAUUUGUUAGAAUGUAAAAUUCCAUUUGAAAAUGAAGACGAUGAAUUUGCCCAUUGCUUCAUGAAGACUCAUUAUUUUGGAAAAAGUGAGCAUGGGUUGCAGAUGAUUUUUUGUGUAAAACAGAAAAAUAAAAGAAAAUUAAAUACAGAUUUAUAUAUACAUAGAAUGGCCUGUAAUUUUCUGCCCAGUGAAAGGUAUAUAUGCUUAUUCAGGCAUGAUUUUUUUUAUAAGCUGGAGUUAGCCUAGCACGAUUAGGGACCUAAGGCAAGAGUCUAAGCGUAAGACUGCAGCUGUGAUAUAAUCCAAAGGCCAGUUAUUCGCGUCUUUUUCUAGCAACACCCAGGCUGAGAUAGAGCAGGGCGACUUACCUGGUCUAACUACUGAUGGUCUACCCGAGCUACGGAAGCGAUUGAGUAUUAUUAGACGGCCUGAAAAAAGGGAGACAUAUUAAAAAAAAAACUAGCAGAUUCCUCUAAUGAAUGACUCAAAAGGGGUGAGCUGGCCAGGGUUUUGGCGGGAUGGGGUAAUUAGACGGCGAAGAGACUGAGCUGUGGUCUAUGGUAAAGGUGCGACCCAGAAUGGUGAUACCACUACCAAUAACCCAGGGUUUCGGUCUUGGCUUAGAGUUGCCAGAGGUGAAGCCCCCAAUUUUCUUACCUAACUCCCCCCCCAUCCUUGAUCGAACGAUUGACUGUAAAAAUUCCUAAAAAUUGGGGAAAUUAACCCCAUCCUUGAUCGAACGAUUUUCAUAUAAUGCAAAUUUUUAUAUAUAUAUAAAAACAUAUUAGUUAUCAAAAUUUGGAAAGAUGUAUCUAAUGAAAGUUGUUUUCAGAGUUUUGGGACGACAGAAAGCUGCGUAAUCAACUAUCCGAAGUGAUUUAGCCAUCAACCUAGCUUGAAAACUCAAUAAUCUAAUAUAAAAUAGAGAUUCUUUAAAAUUUUAAAAAAAAAAUUUUUAAUUCAGUAAAGAACAAAUUAAAAUUUAUAUACAGUUUAAAAGGGUAACUAAUAAAUCAAAAUAUUAAAACUUAUGAAAUUAAUUCAAUUUUUUGCUGUAAAAAUAAUUAUUAAAUACUCUUAACCCCUUAUUUAAAAGUAAAAAAAUAUAUAUACAUAUAUAUUUUUUAUUUUAUAUAUAAAAUUUUUUUUUAACCCCCAUCCUUGAUCGAACGAUGGCGAGUCGUUCGAUCAAGGAUAGGGGGGGAGUAAGAGGCAUCUGUAUAGAUCGCCAACUAUAUAAGUAGCGACCUAAACGAUCUAUCUAGUUUUAUUUUAUCAAAUUAAAUACACACUUAUGAUUUUUCGGUGGAUUUUGUGAAAUGCUUCAACCGAAAUAUGUGAUGCUGCUUGAUGUAGGAACAAAGCCAUUAGAUAAAUCUCUUUUUCAUUUAUACGAAGCUAUGGAAACUGAUAAAAGGAUUGCUGGGUGCUGCGGAGAAAUCACAGUCAUGAAUCCAAAUUUUUGGAAUAUGAUUGAAAUGGCUCAAUUAGUUGAGUAUACCAAUAUGGAUAUUUAUAGUAAAAUUUAAGUAAUAAUAGACUAAGUAUCUCCCAUUAAGAAUUUAAUUUAAAUUUGGUAUAUAAAAUUACACACAUGUUUGAUAAAGCCUUAGAAAGUGUUAUCGGCUAUAUAACAGUUUUACCUGGCGCUUUCAGUGCCUAUAGGUGAGAUGCUUUACAAGGUGAUCCUUUAUGGGAAGACUAUUUUAAGUCAAUUUGCCACCCUUACUUAAUGGAUGCUUUUCAUUCAAAUAUAUAUCUAGCUGAGGACAGAGUCCUUUGUCUAGCGCUAACAAACAAAAAAAGCUGCAGUUAUUCUUAAAAAUGUGAUCUAAAAAAUCUAAAAUUAUUUGUUUUUAACUAAAAUUUAGCUAUUUUCAUUAGGUUUUAUAGUAUAUCUCUUAAGAUAUGUAAAAAAUUCGGUCGCUGAAACCGAUGUCCCUGGCAAGCUCUCUAAUUUAAUAGCCCAAAGGCGCCGAUGAAUAAAUGGAUCAUGGUUCGCAUUAAUAGAUGCCUUAAGAAGAGCAGGGGUAAUCUACCAAUCUGACCAUAGUUUUUUAAGGAAAUUCUGUUUUACAGUCCAAAUGGUUUAUUAUUUUAUUAACAUCGUAUUUUCGUGGUUUAUGGUAGGUACUUUUUUUUUGAUUUUUGGUAUGAUAAUGAGAAGGUUUUUUGAUGGAGACCAAGCUCCUUCAGCUGCUGCAGAAUGGUUAAUUAAAGCUUACGAAGUCAUCAUUAUUGUCAUUAUUUAUAUGUCGCUUGGUGUUAAACCUAGAAGGGUUGAAAAAGCUUUUAUAUCGCGCUGAAUUAAUUAGGAAUUAUUUUUAUUUUUUUAAAUAAAUAAUUAAUUAUUAAUGGUAUUAUAAGAUGCCUAAUUUAGCAGGUAUAAAUUGAUUUCUUAUAGCUAUGGGAUUUUUAUGAUUUUUUCUUUAAUUAUGCUUUUGCUUUUUAUUUUGCAAGAAUUAAAUGAUUUUGGGUGGCUUUUAUUUUUGGCUUUAGGAGGAAUUGCUGUAUUUACAAUCAUUUCAUUUCUAAAUGGCUCUGCUAUUACAAUGGCGAAAGGGGCAUUUCAUUUCAUAUUGAUGUCUCCUACUUAUGUCAAUAUUUUUAUGAUUUAUGCUAUUUGUAAUAUUCAUGACUGCACUUGGGGUAAUAGGCCAGACCAGAUGAAUAAUGAAGAAAAAAAUCGUCUAGAAGAAUUUGAAGAAUUUAGGACAAGGUGGGUUAUUUUGUGAUCUUUUAGUAAUAUACUAUUUAAAAUAAAUACAUACUGAAAUUAAUAUUUCUAGCCAAAAUUAGGCUGCCUAAAAGAAAGCGAUUGGGCUUAUGCUUAUGAGUAUAAACUGUACUGGGCUGAAUUUGAUAGAAAUUUAAUUUUAAUUUAUAAAACCUAAGUUUAAUCCAAACACAAUAUAAUUUUUGGCUAUUACUUAAAUAUUGUAGAUGAAGACUCAAUUCAAGGCUCAGAAACCUCAAAAUGGUUCAUAUUUGGAGUUGCUUUUUCCGGCUCAGCUGUGCUAAUUAUAAGAUUUUUUGGUGCCUUAAUAUACCUUAUACAAGAAAAAUUUUUCAAAGGGAAAUUAAAGCUUAAAGAAAAGAAAAAAAAUUUUCCACAAAGAAAAUCUUUAUAUAAGACUGAAGAAUAUUUGCAGAAUAUCUUGGAUACCACCCAAAAUAUUCAUGAUGGGGAUAAAAGCGCUGAAGGAUUAUUCUUGAUUUAUUUGAAUUUUUGUUAUCAAAAAACAAAUUAUUUCUAUUUUUUAUAUAUGCCAAGGCUUUAUUAAUUAUUUUUAUUUUCAUAUAAAUGGCUAUAUUAUCUUUUGAUAAUUUAGCAGGAGAGAAUAGUCAUGAAAAUCAUCUAAUGGCAUCAGUUUCCACUAUAAAAGUCCAAAGAAAAUUAUAUGGAGUCAGCCUUGAAGAAUUAUCUGAUGCCACUAAUAUUUAUAAAGAUGACUUAAAAAUGAUAGAAUCAGGGGUAAAAAUCCCAUCAGCCGAAGAAUUAGAAGCCAUAAAAUCCGGACUAUGCAAAAUUUCUGGAGAUAUGAAAAUAGACUAA